CACCACCAAAGUUUCUUCAGCUGUUUUUAUCUGAUAAAAACAUGCCAUCUGAACUAGAAUACAUGAUCAUUUCCUUUGAUGAGCCCCAUGUAUAUCUUCGUCAGUGGAGCGAUGAGUCAGUGUUCCAGGAGAUCCAGUUUUCAACUCAAGCCAAUUGCAAACUUUUGGAGUGCCGAAAUGUGACUAUGCAGAGUGUUGUGAAACCUUUCAAAAUCUGGGGGCAGAUUGCUAUUUCCAGCAGUGGAGUGGGAAGGCUAUUGGACUGCACGAUAAUGGUGGACCCCAUUUUCAUCAACUUUGGCCAAUAUGCACUUCAUUCUCUAAAUACAGCAAUUCAGGCUUGGCAGCAGAACCAGUGCCCUGAGGCAGAGGAGUUGGUCUUCAGCCAUUUUGUGAUCUGUAAUGACACACAAGAGACACUGCGGUUUGGCCAGGUGGAUACUGAUGAAAAUAUUUUGCUGGCUAGUCUCCACAGUCACCAGUACAGCUGGCGCUCUCACAAGUCCCCACAGCUGUUACACAUCUGUAUUGAAGGCUGGGGAAACUGGCGGUGGUCUGAACCAUUCAGUGUGGACAAUACAGGGACCUUUAUUCGUACUAUUCAGUACAAGGGCCGGACAGCAUCACUUAUAAUCAAGGUUGAGCAGCUCAGUGGAGUGCAAAAGCUAAUCCUAAUCUGUGGAAGACAGACAGUCUGUAGUUACCUUUCCGAAAGUAUUGAACUGAAAGUGGUUCAGCAUUACAUUAGUCAGGAUGGACAGGCUGUUGUUAAAGAACACAUCAAGUGCCUUGCAGCCAAGCAGAAGUUGCCUUCAUAUGUCCUAGAAAGCCAUGAGCUCACCGAACUGAGUGUGAAAGCUACAGGAGAUGAAGAGUGGUCCCGAGACGUAUGUCUAAGUUCUAAACAUACAGAACACAGCACUGUCAUUCAGGUACCAUCUUCAAAGAGUUCAAUUACAUAUGUGUGGUGCACAAUUUUGACUUUAGAGCCCAACUCUCAUGUGCAGCAACGAUUAAUUGUUUUCAGCCCUCUUUUCAUUGUAAGGAGCCAUCUUCCCGACCCAAUUAUCAUACAUUUAGAGAAAAGAAGUCUGGGUUUGAAUGAAACGCAAGUGGUUCCAGGGAAGGGACAGGAGAAGGCACUGCAAAAUAUAGAACCUGAUCUUACACACCACCUGACAUUUCAAGCCAGGGAGGAAGAUGAUCCAUCAGAGUGCGCAGUUCCUAUCUCAACCACGCUAAUUAAACAGAUAGCGACUAAAUCCCAUCCAGGUGGCAAUGCCAACCAAAUACUGUCCGAGUUCUAUGGCACCACUGAUCCUCCCCAGCCUGCAUGGCCAUAUAAUAAGAAGGAUUCAGACAGCAAUGACCAACUGUCCCAGUGGGAUAGCCCAAUGCGAGUAAAGCUGUCAGUGUGGAAACCAUGUGUUAAAACUCUUCUGAUAGAACUCCUGCCUUGGGCUCUGCUUAUCAAUCAGUCCAAGUGGGAUCUCUGGCUGUUUGAAGGAGAGAAGAUCAUUCUUCAAGUACCUACUGGGAAAGUAAUUAUACCUCCUAACUUCAAGGAAGCUUUUCAAGUUGGAAUAUACUGGGCAAACACUAAUACCGUGCACAAAUCAGUGGCAAUUAAGCUGGUUCACAAUGUGACCUCCCCAAAAUGGAAAGAUGCCGAUAAUGGGGAAGUAGUAACAUUGGAUGAAGAAGGUUUUGUUGAAGCUGAAAUAAAACUUGGUGCUUUUCCAGGUCAUCAAAAGUUGUGUCAAUUCUGCAUUUCUUCUAUGGUUCGACAAGGUAUACAGAUUCUACAGAUAGAAGAUAAGACAACGAUAAUCAAUGAUACAUCAUAUCAAAUGUAUUAUAGACCACAGCUUUCUUUUUCUAAACCCCACUCAGGAGAAGAGGACUUCCACUCACCAGACAGCACAGUGUUCAGUGUCAGUCCAGCCAGGGCACCACCCAGCGAGGCGCUGAGCGCUGUGACCUGCUGGGACCUGAUGUUGGACGCCAGUGCCUUAACCUCGGGAGUGCCUCCUACUGAGAAACGCCUGCUGCUGAGUUUCAGCCCAGGCGGCUGCGCUGGCCGCUGCGAGCUGUGGAGCCUUCCAGCUGUCAUCAAACAGGAGUUUCCCAGGCAGAGCGUGGCAGUGCCCACAGGGGUUUGUGAUGAAAGUGGAUUUUGUACCAGAGCUAUAGCACUGACUUAUCAAGAGCAUCUUGGCGUGACAUACCUAACACUUACUGAAGAUCCUAGUCCUCGUAUAAUUAUCCACAACAGGUGCUCCGUUCCAUUGCUUGUAAAAGAGAAUUUCAAAGAUACGCCAAAGUUUGAAGUUUAUUGUAGAAAGAUUCCAGCUGAAUGUUCAGUUCAUCAUGAACUUUACCAUCAAGUCUCCAGCUAUCCAGAUUGCAAAACACGAGAUUUGUUACCCAGCAUUCUUCUGAAAGUGUUGUCGUCUGAUGAAUUCGUAAAUGAAUGGAGUGAUUUUGUGGACAUCAACAAUCAAGGAACACAAAUUGUGUUCUUAACUGGCUUUGGCUAUGUUUAUGUGGACAUUGCCCAUCAGUGUGGAACCGUUGUCAUCACCUUGGCCCCAGAAGGAAGAGCAGGACCCGUCGAGAUCAACCUCAACAGAAGUCAGGAGCAGACCCUGUCACUGAAAAUGUUCAUCAGCCAGUUAAGUCUUGCUGCAUAUGAUGAUAUUACCAACCACAAAGUGUCGUCUGAACUUCUGCGUCUCACAGCAGACAACGUUCUCCUCCACAUGGCCCCCGCCACUAGCCACCUGAGACCCCUCUCACAGGAGCUCCAGCGGGACGCCAUGGAAGGCCUCCCACAAUUUCACAGUCUCCAAGUGUAUUGUGAAGACUUGCAACUGGACAAUCAGUUGUACAGCAAAUCCAAUUUCCAUUUUGCAGUCCUGCUGUGCCAAGGAGAGAAAAAUGAGACCGUGCAGUGGACCAGAGUGAACAACCUCAUUGUUUGUAACAAAGAUUUGGAAAGCUAUAAGGAAAACUGCUUUAUAAAACUCUACAUUGCUUUUUCCGAGGAAGAUAAUUUCACGUUUCAUGUGAAUGACCUCAGCUUUGAGCUCAAACCAGCUAGGCUGUAUGUGGAAGACACCUUUGUUUACUACAUUAAGACUUUGUUUGAUACGUACCUUCCAGAAAACAAAACCACUUGUCAAUCCAUGAGUACUUCAGAUACUACCCUGGUACUGCCUGAACAAGUGAGAGAGCACGCAAGAGCUUUAGUCAAGCCAGUGAAGUUAAGAAAAUUAACAAUACAGCCUGUCAAUCUCCUUGUCAGUAUUCAUGCUUCAUUGAAGCUGUAUAUAGCCUCCGAUCACACUCCUCUCUCCUUCUCUGUGUUUGAGCGAGGACCCAUCUUCACCACUGCCAGGCAACUUGUCCAUGCCUUGGCCAUGCAUUAUGCUGCUGGAGCGCUUUUCAGAGCAGGCUGGGUUGUCGGAUCGUUGGAAAUCCUCGGAAGCCCGGCUAGUCUGGUGAGAAGCAUAGGGAACGGCAUAGCUGAUUUCUUUAGGCUCCCCUAUGAAGGGCUGACCAGAGGCCCAGGAGCAUUUGUCAGUGGAGUUUCCAGAGGAACAACAUCAUUUGUAAAACACAUUUCCAAAGGUACACUGACGUCAAUUACCAAUCUGGCAACAAGUCUUGCUAGGAAUAUGGAUAGGCUGUCACUGGAUGAGGAGCAUUACAACAGACAAGAAGAAUGGAGAAGGCAGCUUCCAGAGAGCCUGGGAGAAGGACUGAGACAGGGACUGUCUCGUUUGGGCAUUAGCCUUCUAGGUGCAAUCGCUGGGAUUGUGGAUCAGCCGAUGCAGAAUUUUCAGCGAGUGUCUGAGGCCCAAGCUUCAGCCGGGCACAAAGCCAGAGGGGUCAUCUCGGGUGUGGGGAAAGGAAUCAUGGGCGUCUUCACAAAGCCCAUCGGAGGGGCAGCUGAGCUCGUCUCCCAGACAGGUUACGGUAUUUUGCAUGGAGCUGGACUUUCUCAGCUUCCCAAGCAGCGCUCUCAUCCAAAUGAUCAACAUGUUGAGCAGGCUCCAAAUAGCCACGUCAAAUAUGUCUGGAAAAUGCUGCAAUCUCUAGGAAGGCCAGAGGUUCAUAUGGCCUUAGACGUCAUGAUUGUGAGUGGAUCAGGCCAGCAGCAUGAAGGCUGCUUGCUGCUCACCUCAGAGGUGCUCUUUGUGGUCAGCAUCAGUGAAGACACGCAGCAGCAGGCAUUCCCCGUGACUGAAGUCGAUUGUUUCGAAGAUGAUCAGCAAAAAGACCUGCUGAAGGUGCAGCUGAAACAACAGAGAGUGCCUUCUGAUUUGGAGGCAGAUGGAGCUAGAGAGAGACUGUCAGAACAACAGUACAACCGCCUUGUGGAGUACAUCACUAAGACAUCCUGCCACCUCCCUCCCAGCACCGCCGCGGUGCCAGCAGUGCAAACUGUGGCAACCGAACACCUACCAACUAUCAUCAAAACAUAUCAGUAUGUAGUUGAUCCAAAUUUUGCCCAAGUAUUCAUUAGCAAAUUCACCAUAGUGAAAAAUAAAGCCUUGAGGAAAGGAUUUAAUUAGUAAUAAUUUGUGGUGAGUAUAAGAAUACCUUACCAUUUUGAAAGUAAUGCUUUCUCUGCAGUAACCUAUAUCA